AAUUAACGAUCUAUUAGAGUUGUUAAUUUUCAAAAUUAUUCCAAAAUUCCCGCGCACGCUUUCAUUUGCAUUGCACUAUCAGCAUGGCGAACCCCCUGAAGUUCCAUAGCUUCCAAAAAUGUAUCCGGGCUUCGAAGCAAUAUCGACUCAUACGCAGCACAAAUCGUAAGGUCCAGCCUAGGGGGGUGGUGCCUAAUCAUUCGAAACCUUUCCAAUUGCAGAUCCGAAAGAGUUCAAGUCUGACUGGUGUUGGGGUGCCGAACCCGGUGCCGGACAAAUCCGCCGAGAAGCCAAGCCAGAGGGGGAAGUCUAUCAGAGCGCAGUACAUGAGUAAAAAUUGCGAAACUGAGUUGCCGAAGAGCAGUGCGAUGUGGCAUUUGAUGGUAAGCCUGGAGACGGCACAGAAGAUGAGCACCCAGUUCCAGAGGAAGCAGCUCGGCAAUAAGUCCACGAGUGCUAUACGUUUGAACAGCUACUACAAGGACUCGCCACAGAAAACGACCCCACUGAAGCGGACUAGGCCCAAGCUAGUGGGCUAUGUUAGUAGUACGCGAUCGAGCGUGGGCAUGCCCUCAAAGCCCAGUAAAGUGGGAUCUGCUCUGAAGUUGCGUUCGAAAUCGGAAGCGGUUAACAAUCGCCAGCCACGGCAUUUACAACAACAGCUACUCAAUAGCGUUAAUCGGAAUCCAAAAGAUCCGACAAUAGGGCCAAACAAUCGCAGCAGUAACAUACACAACCGAAUGCUCAAAAUAAAGGCCAUGGUGCGCCCAAAUGGGGAACUGAUCAAGACAACGCCCCGAGCCAUACGCCUCAAUACCUUCUAUAGAACAUCGAAAACACAGCUGGUGCCCUGUGCCGAGUCGUGCCAAACCUUAGCGCCCGCACACUCCGCCCAGAAGACUUUUCAGUCUAUAGCCGAAAUGAUACGUCAGGCCACAAAUCGAAUUUUCCAGUCCCCCUACGAGCUGCAGGAGGAGGAUGAUGUCGUUGAUGAGAAGCAACCCUGCGAUUGUGAAGGCUGUCAGGCCAACCAGAUCGACAACAUAGUAGAUCCGAAGUGCGACUGCAAAUGGUGCAUGGCUAAUGCCCAGACCCAAAAGUCGGACGACUCUCCACCCUGUGACUGCGACUUCUGUCAGACGCUGGCAGAGGAAAACCCCACAGAGGACUAUCCCCCCUGCAAUUGCGAUUACUGUAAGGAGGGUGGAAGCGCUGAUAUAAUUGGACAAGAAAGUGAGCAAAAAUCCGAUAAGGACUUCAAUAUAUAUAGCUGCAAGUCAUCGUACAUCGAUAAUCCCUAUAAUGCGAAUGAACAUAAUUCGAAUAAUUUCGAAUGCAACUGCAAGGAUUGCCAGGCUGCUGAAAGAGAUUUCCAUGAGCAGGAGCAGGAGGAGGGGUCGAACGAGUAUAUGGAAUCGGAUUCUGCUUGCCCUCAUACCGAGACCCAAUGGGGUCCAGCCAGCAAGCUAGCCGAAAAAAUCAAAUCCUUCUUGAGCGAAGAGGAGAAAAAUUUGAAGGACCUAUGCCACAAGUUCAAUUUUCUGCAAUCAGGCGAAAAGGAAGUUGUGGAACCCUGCAAAACACAGCCUAAGGCCAGCAUUAAAACGAUGGCAGCUACAUCGUACAAGGCAUCUCCGACUCCCACCGAGCCGAACAAAGCGUUGAGCCUCAACCAACGUAAAUGUCCGGAGAGCGACAGUUUACAAAAAAAGUUCCACACUCGCGUGUACGAGAAACCUAGAUAUUAUCAUAUGCCGGACAACAGCUGUGCCAGGCAGACUAUUACAGGACAUUCUAGCCAGAAGACAGAGAAGCUAAUUAAAGAUCCACAGCAGAGGAAGGAUGGCAGGCAGACUAUUACAGGACAUUCUAGCCAGAAGACAGAGAAGUUGAUUAAGGACCAACAACAGAAGAAGGAUGAUAGGCAGACGGUUGCAGGAAAAUCUAGCCAAAAGACAGAGAACCUAAUUAAGGACCAACAGCAGAAGAAGGAUGAUAGGCAGACUUUUGGAGGACAUUCCAGCCAGAAGACAGAUAAGCUAAUUAAAGAUCCACAGCAGAAGAAGGAUGGCAAUCAGAGUGUUUCAGGAUAUUCCAGCCAGAAGACAGAGAAGAUGAUUAAGGACCAACAACAGAAGAAGGAUGAUAGGCAGACUGUUGGAGGACAUUCCAGCCAAAAGACAGAGAAGUUGAUUAAAGAUCCACAGAAGAAGAAGGAUGACCGACAGACUAUUGCAGGCCAUUCCAGUCAGAAGACAGAGAAGCUUAUUAAGGACCAACAACAGAAGAAAGAUAACAGACAGAUUGCUGAAGGACAUUCUAGCCAGAAGACAGAGAAGCUAAUUAAGAACCAACAACAGAAGAACGAUGACAGGCAGACUGUUGGAGGACAUUGCAGCCAAAAGACAGAGAAGUUGAUUAAAGAUCCACAGAAGAAGAAGGAUGACCGACAGACUAUUGCAGGCCAUUCCAGUCAGAAGACAGAGAAGCUUAUUAAGGACCAACAGCAGAAGAGGGAUGGCACAGAUAUCGUCAGAGCCGUACGCUCAAGAACAUGUGACAACAGUGUCCCUAAAAGGGGACUAAGCACCGGCCGAGAAGGUGUACAAGAAAACAAAGAUGGGGGCGACACGGACGCGACAUUGAACAUUAAUAUUAAGGUGGCCCUAGAUGCCAAAGAGGUUACCAAGGCGCUGGGUAAAAUGCGCCAGAGCUGCGCAGAACAGCGAACCACUCUAAAUCCAGUGGCAGAGAACAGGACAAUUGAAAUGACGCCCAAAUCGGUAUCGAUUAGCGGCAUUAUAGCACCACCAACCCAUGGCAAAUGCACCGAACUCGCAGAGGCUCCCUUAGAGUUUGAUGCAAACGCAUUGAGUCCACAGAGAGAGUCCAGUAGAAGCAGGUCUGUGGAGAAGCCUAACAAUUUUUGCCUUGACGCUGACAGCGAAAGCAAGAGAGUCCAAUCGCUUAAGGUCCUGAAUCCAAGCAGAUGUCAGGCCGUGAAAGUUCCAGAGAUCUUACCAAAUAUGGCUCCAGAGAAUGAUGAUAACUGUAUGCCCAGAUGCAUCAUAAAAUUGGAACCAAUUAUAGAGCUCAACGAUGAACCUAUGUCCCACAAACUGGCACCAGAAACCGUAAACCCAGUGACCAGAAAAGAUCUACACGGCUGUCUUGAACGCUGCAGCAUGCUCCCGCAGACGCUGAAUGGAGUUUCGGAAGGAAAGAAGAAGCAACAAGAUGCAAGCACCACCAAUACCUUGGGGCUUCCAAAAACAACAACAACAUCAAGAGAAGAUCUGCGUGCGCUGAGCUUAGGCCCAAAAAGGGGAAGCUGGGAGGAUCUCUUGGGGCUGAAUCAUAGGCUUAGAAAAAGUCACAUAACGUCCGCAGAUCCCCAAACAGCUCUGAUUGCUUUUCCAACGAAAAAUAUUGCCCCUGCCAGUACUGAUAAGGCGCGGCCAAGAUUUCCUUUCCAUGGAUCCACGACAAAUGAUGGCAAUAUGUGUGGGAAGAUUUCAGUUUUUAAUGCGCCCGCUGAUUCAAUUCCAAAUCGAGUUUAUUGCAAGAAAUCAGCAGAGGACUGUAGGGAGGAGGAGGAUGCUGAUAUGUCUGUGGACCUCGCAGACUGUCCAAGCGAAGAGGAUAUGGAACGAAUUAAUCAAUGUGCGAAUGCUUUAGUGGAGUCCCUAACCACUGGUUGCGUGCCAGAUUCCCCCGUUGUUAGAGAUAUUUUCAAAACAACCGAAGCUCUCGAUAAAUUCAUCAAUGAGUGCAAAAAAGACUCGGCUUUCGCAUAUAUCCUGCCCCAAAAAGAGGAAAAACCGGUGUAUGAGGAAAUGUUAGAGGACGACGCGUACGCAUUGAUCGAUGAGCCUGAACCACCCAAGGAUCUGAUGCUAGACAAUGCAACUGAGUGCAAUAAUGCGGGUAUAAGCUGUGCCGAGCUGUGCUAUUUGGACAGCGAUGAUAUGAAUAAUGUGGAGUAUGAAGAUAAUGGUAAUCAUGACUUCCUUCUAACCGCUGAGGCUGUCGACAGCUUUCUCAAUGAGUAUCAAAAAUAUGCCGAUUCGCUAAGUCCGGACAACGAUCAAGCAGCUGAGUCGCCUCUCUGUGAAAUGAUUCCUUCAAACCUGCAAUGCCCGGAGAACGAAGUGACGGUACCAGUGCCUGAGACAAAGUCUAAGAUGCCUGUUACAAACAUAAUCGAGCAUACAAAAAUAUCUAUCAAAGGAAAUGAUCAAGAAGCAAAGGAACAACAUCAUUGCGCAGAAUCUGAGGAGCAGGAAGCUAAGAAUGGCAAAGACCUGGCCCACUCUCCCAAAGCUAUGCCACAGUUCCUGUCUAAGUCGAAGGGUUGCAUUAACCUUCAGAUGGGCGUGAACUCUAUGGUUGGCUCAGCUGAGACGAAAACAGUCGCCACAAUUCUGCAAAAUGAUGGGCAGGCUGUGGAAAUAACAAUUGAACGAAAAGUUGAGUCCAGCGCCAUUGAAUCCAAUACCCAAGGGGAUUAACCUAACCAGUUUACUGAGCAGGGGAUAUUCGACAGAGCUGAGAGGCAAAGCAAUGAACUAAAUUUGAUAAAUUUUUACUUGGUUUCGGCUGCAAACAUUCUAACAAUAAUAAAUAUAGACA